CCUGUAUUUAUUAACUUCGCCUUCUUGUUGUUCGCCGUGUUUUCAUUGGGAUGCUACUCGUUUUGCUGGAAAAAGGCUAAUAACGUAUUUGUACUACCACUCCUUAUCUAUGAGACCGUUACUAUUUUUUGGAUAAUGAUCUGGUUAUAUGCCAGCAUUACCGCUGUAACAACGGGAUAUCUUUGGUCGCUGGAGUGGAUUGGUGGCCCGCAAACGGACAGAACCCCUACGUCUCACGACAUUUUGGAUGAACGCUAUGUGAACCCGAACGAAACGAAUCCUGAGACUAGGAAAGCGAUCAAAUACGGUUCAAUCAUCUUGGUCGUCUCUUUUGUGGUACUGAUUUUGAAAGUGUUAGCCUGGAACAUUGCUCGACGAGUUUUCAGAGAAAUACGGAAGGAACAUAUUAUGGCAAUGGAGGAGAUAAAAGGUAAUCUCAUCUGGACG